UUCAGGUCUAGAGUUGCUGCCGCCAAGCUCAACAUGUUCUUGGUUUUACUCAUUACCUUCGUAUUAACGACAGAAACAAGUGUUGGUCUGAAUUUAGGGGGACUGAUAGGGUGCAAGAAGGAUAUAUCAGUUGACUUUAUCCAACAGUGUCCAGAAGAACCUAACAUGGCGGUUUCCUUCAAUGAAAUUUUCGUUCUCCAAAUAAACAAAAAUCAAUGCGCAUUCAGUGGAAAAAUUAAAUUUUUAGAACCUGUUGGUGAGCCUUGGAAGCUGAAGUUCAAGCUGCAUAAAUGCAAAUCCAAAGACAAUUCCAAAUCAUGUCAGGACUUCUUCAAGUUUGACGUCAAUCAUAUCUGCCAAAAACUGCCACAGAAAAAUCAAGUCUGGUCAGGAUUUGUGGAAGAUACGCAUAUAGAUACAAGAUGUCCACUACAGCCGAAAGUAUAUCCGAUUGAAAACAUCGUGAUUGAUGCAGACGCAAUGAAAUACUUCCCCAUCAGCAAUGCUUACUACAAGCUUAAGAUAGAAGGUUACAUGAACGCUACCAAAAUUAUCUGUGUCGACAUUGCAUUUAUAUUACGCUGUCAAAAAUAAAAGUUUCUAAUGACUUUCGAAGUGUAGUCGUAUUAACUGAAAUUGUGAUAUACUCAAUCAUUAUUAAGAACACAGGGAAAAAAAGUACUUUCCUGUCAACAAGGAAUAAAAGAUCAAACUUAGUUUGUGAUACCAAACAUGAUAUUGAGAGGCAUAAAUAACAAGCUAUAAUUGGGAGUAUAUUCAAUUACAGAGUCGUGGCUCGCGGAUAACUCAGGGCACAAACAUGGAAUCUUAGGAAUUUUACAGAUUCUCAUUAAACUAACU